CCUGGCCACAGACUAUGAUCAGACUUGUAUAAGCAUAAAGAAGCCACCAUACUUCUCUAUAUUCUAUAUAUUAUAACAGUACACGAUUAUUCAGAACCUACUUAAUCUUUGCAAUCUGACAGUUCAACAUUCCCCUCAAAAGACAUCUUCAAAGAGAGAAGAAGAGAGAAAAAGCGAGGAAAAUGGCUACUGCUACUCUACAAUUUGCUCUCCAGAAGUUGGACUCCUUGAUCAUACAAGAACAACAGUUGCUCGGAGGGGUCAACACCGGCAUCAAAGAUAUCAGGGAUGAGCUUGAGAGUCUAAAAAUGUUUCUAAGGGAAACUGAUGUGAGUGAAGACAAAGAUGGAAUAAAAGGAUGGAUGCAACAACUAAGAGAAAUAGCAUAUGACAUUGAGGAUCUUCUUGAGGAGUACAUGAUUCACUUUGGCCAACCUCAUAAGUAUCGACUUUUGGGCUUCCUGAGUAAAGGUAUUCACCACCUCAAGCAUUUGCGUACUCGACACAGGAUAGGUGUUGCAAUACAAGACAUUAAAGCCCAGGUACAUAACAUCUCAGAGAGAAGAAAUAUGUACAAUUUCAACUUAAAUUCUAUUGCAUCUAGGGAGAGAUUGCAUGAUCGUCAUGUGGCUGCUCUUUUUAUUGAGGAAGCUGAACUGGUGGGUAUUGACAAACCUAAAGAGGACAUCAUCAGAUGGUUAGUGAAAGGAGAAUCCAAUCAGAAGGUGAUCUCAGUUGUUGGUAUGGGUGGCUUGGGGAAGACCACUCUUGUUAGGAAAAUCUAUGACGAUGAAAAAGUUAAAGGAUGGUUCAAUAGCCAUGCUUGGAUUACAGUCACACAAUCAUUCGAAGUUAGUGAGCUUCUUAAAAGCAUCAUAAACCAGUUCUACGAGGAAAGACAUGAGGUACUUCCUGGUAGAAUUGAAACGAUGGGGGACAUUCAGUUAAUUGAUAUACUACGGCAAUUCCUACAGGACAAGAGGUAUCUAGUUGUGUUAGAUGAUCUUUGGCAUAUAAACGCAUGGGAUGAUUUAAAGUAUGCACUCCCAAAUAAUGAUUGUGGUAGUAGAAUUCUGAUCACCACACGAAUUGGGGAUGUGGGUAUCUCAUGCCUAGAAACACCUGGUCAUGUCUACAAACUUCAACCACUGCCUCCAACAAAAGCUUGGUCUUUAUUCUGCAAGAAGGCCUUCCGAUCCAUUCCUGGCAGAGUUUGCCCAUCAGAGUUGCAGGAAAUUUCUGAAGACAUUGUACGAGUCUGUGAAGGAUUACCUCUAGCAAUUGUGACAAUAGCUGGUCUCUUGUCCAAAAAGGAAGGUGUUUUGGAAUGGAGAACAAUGCGUGAUAAUCUUCAUGCUGAGUUGGCCAACAAUCCUAAACUUGAAACUAUCAAGAGAAUACUGUUAUUGAGUUACAAUGAUUUACCUUACUUCCUCAAGUCAUGUUUCUUGUACUUUAGCAUUUUUCCUAAAGAGUGCUCAGUCAAGCGCAUCACUCUAAUUCGACUAUGGAUUGCUGAAGGAUUCAUAGAAAGUGAGAAAGGUGAGACUAUGGAGAGGGUUGCAGUGGAAUAUCUUAAUGACCUUAUUGACAGAAGCAUGAUUCAAGUGGCGGAGCAUUAUGACUAUGGAAGAGUCCGAAGUUGCCGGGUUCACGAUCUUAUCCAUGAUCUUAUUGUUCUAAAGUCAAAGGAGGAGAAUUUUAGCACAGCUCUGAUCAGACAGAACAGAGAGAUUCAGGGAAGAAUUCUGGGAAGAAUUCGACGUUUAUCCACACAUGACACUGGUGAGCAUCUAUUACAAACUAUAGACUUGUCCCACCUACGUGCUUUUUUUGUGUUUGGAGAAAAUGGCUUUUCUAUCUCUUCUAUGGGCAACCUUUUUAACAGACUGAAAUUAUUGAAAAUCUUGGAUUUGGAGGGUGCACCAAUUGAUAGCUUUCCUGUGGAAUUUGGAAAACUACCCCAUUUGAGGUACUUGAGCUUCAGAAAUACAAGGAUUAACAAACUCUCAAAGUCUCUUGGAAGGCUUAAUAACCUUGAAACCUUAGAUCUGAAAGGUACUUAUGUCACUGAAUUACCAAAAACUAUCAUAAAUCUCCAGAGACUGCGCCACAUUCUUGCUUACCACUAUUAUACUGGUAAUCACCCACCUUUCUACCAUGCAGACGGUGUGAAGUUGCCCCAAGGAAUAGGUAGAUUAAGAGAACUACAGAAGCUCACAUACUUAGAGACAGAUCAAGACAGUGGCAUAGUUCGAGAGCUAGGAAACCUAACCCAACUAAAGAGGUUGGGCAUAGUGAAACUAAGAAGAGAAGAUGGACCAGGCCUUUGUACAUCCAUUGAGAAGAUGGAACUGCUUCGAUCGUUUUCAGUGACAUCUAUUGGCAUGGAUGAGUUUCUCAAUCUGCAAUCUUUGAAAUCCCCCCCACCACUUCUUCAACGUCUAUAUUUGCGAGGACCCUUGGAGACUUUACCAAAUUGGAUUUCCUCACUAAAGUACCUUGUUAGGAUGCGGCUUAGGUGGUCCAGAUUGAAAGAGAACUCGCUUGGAAUUCUUGAAGCUCUUCCAAAUCUAAUUGAACUCACACUAAUCCAUGCAUACGAUGGUCUCAAGUUACUUUGUCAGAAAGGAGGGUUUCAAAAGCUUAAGAUAUUGGAUUUAGAACGACUGAACAACCUGAACUAUGUUAUUGUGGAUGGUGCAAUGCCAAACCUGCAAAAGAUGUACAUCAGAUCAUGUAUGCAGUUAAAAAUGGUUCCUACAGGGAUUGAGCAACUAAUAAAUCUCAAGGAACUUCAUUUAUUUGAUAUGCCUGAUGUGUUUGUGCAAAGGUUACGGAGGCUUGGAGGGAUGGAUCAUCAGAAAGUUAGUCACAUUCCAAUUAUAAGAUCUUAUGAUAAUGAAAACCGCAUGUAUGAAGAAAUUUAGAACUUGACAGCCAGCACAAUAGGAGGAACUCAAGUGAUCAUUCGGAUUGCACAAAAAGGUAUUUAAGGAAUUUUCUGUACAGAUCUGACAAUCUUCUGCCUUUAGCUGUGCAUCACAACAAAGAUAUUUCUUGAAAAUCAUGUCUGAGAACCAUUGAGGUUAUUGUUCGUCUUUUAUUUGGAUGCUAUUCUCUCAGAUACAAUACUUGGUUUUCUAUUGCACCGUAAUACCUUCAAGAUAUUCUCGUUAUCCAAAACAUUGCUGUGGCAUGUAUUAAUUCUGUAACAAAUUUGGCAUGACUACUUCCAUCAAUGACAUACUUGCUCGAAGGUAAGACUUGCAAGCACAAAUUAUAUUCAACAAUGGAGUUAACUAUGCUGGAGAUUGUAAAAGUAAAUCUAGCAUAUAAAUGUUUGGAUUUGUAUUGAUACUCUCUGAAUAUCUUGAAUUUUAGUCAUGUGGCUGACUAUUUCAUCCAAAACAGAUGUGACAUGGGCAUAACAAAUCCCAA